CAGAAUUCUCCCAGGACAAAUUAUUUGCCAGCUUAAGGAAAGGCCUGGGUUUAUGGUUUCACUUGGAGCCAGAGGUGGAAAGUCUCCGGAGGGACCAGCCGCGGCAGGUAUCGGUGGUUGUCACUGCAGGAAAAUGAGAUUGUCUGCAGAUGGUAGUUCUCUGUUAUCUUUGAGAAUAAUCAUAACCGAAUAGAGAGAUUUUCGCUGUGAGACCCAUGCAUUAGGUGGUCCCAUUUUCCAGUCUUCACCAAGCAGUAUUCUUGGUGGUAUCCACAAACAUCUUAGUGAAUGGACAGACGUGCUCUAAGUCUCGGAGCCUCCACAGCUUAACCCUCCAGGACGAUCUCCCUCUUGGGACUUCUCCCCGUCUUUGCAGGAUGGACGAGGAGUCAUCAGAGGGGCUCCUCUUCAAAGACCAUGACUUCUCCUCUGACUUGCUGAGGCAGCUCAAUGACUUGAGGCAAAAUCGGAUCCUGACCGACGUGAGCAUCUGCUCCGGGGCCUCGGAGGUCCCCUGCCACCGCAACGUGCUGGCCUCCAGCAGCCCCUACUUCAGGGCCAUGUUCUGCAGCAACUUCCGGGAGAGCCGAGAGGCCAAGGUCCAGCUGAAAGGCGUCGACGCCUCGACUCUGGAGCGAAUCGUCCUGUAUGUGUACACGGGCGAGGCGCACAUCACUGUGGAAAGCGUCCUGCCCCUGAUGGAGGCCGCAUCCAUGCUACAGUACCCUAAGCUGUUUGAGGCCUGCUCCUCCUUCCUCCAGAGCCAGCUGACCCCCAGCAACUGCCUGGGCAUGACCAGACUCUCUGAAAUCUUCAGCUGUGAGACCCUCCGGAAGAAAGCCAGGGAGGUGGCCCUGACGUAUUUCCCAGAGGUGGCCGCGUCGGCUGACCUGAAGGAGCUCUGUGCCUUGGAACUGAGAGACUACCUGGGCGACGAUGGGCUGUGCGGGGAGGAGGAGAAGGUGUUCGAGGCCCUCAUGGUUUGGGUCAAGCAUGACCUCCAGACCCGGAAGCGAUACGUGCAGGAACUGUUCAAGCAGGUCAGGCUGCAGUACGUCCACCCGGCCUUCUUCCACCACUUCAUCGCCAACGACGCCCUCCUCCAGUCCUCGCCCCCCUGCCAGACCAUCCUGGAGACCGCCAAGAGGCAGGUGUUUUCCCUGUACAGUACCACUACUUCCGCAGGCCUCCAACCUCUGUGGCAUGUCCCGCCAAGAAACUCUUACCAAGACUUCCUCAUCCUCCUGGGUGGAAGGAAGGACAACCAGCAGACCACCAGGGACGUCCUGUUGUAUGACGGACAGACCGGCCGGUGGCAGAGCCUUGCCAAACUCCCGGCCCGCCUGUAUAAGGCCUCGGCCGUCUCCCUGCACCGCAGCGUCUACAUGCUGGGGGGCAUGGCUGUGGGGAAGAGCGUGCCCACUGCCAAGGUCUACAUCUUCUCCCUGAAGCUCAACCAGUGGAGGCCAGGGCAGCCCAUGCUGGUGGCCCGCUACUCCCACAGAAGCGCUGCCCACAAGAACUUCAUCUUCUCCAUUGGGGGGAUUGGUGAGGGGCACGAGGUCAUGGGCUCCAUGGAGAGAUACGACAGUGUCGGCAACGUCUGGGAGAUGAUGGCCAGCAUGCCAGUGGGGGUUCUCCACCCUGCGGUCGCUGUCAAAGACCAGAGACUCUACCUUUUCGGAGGAGAGGACAUCAUGCAGAACCCUGUGCGCCUUAUCCAGGUGUAUCACAUUUCCAGAAACACAUGGUUCAAAAUGGAGACGAGAAUGAUCAAGAAUGUGUGUGCCCCUGCCGUGGUGCUUGGGGAGCGGAUUGUCAUCGUGGGAGGUUACACGAGGAGGAUCCUUGCUUAUGACCCUCAGUCCAACAAAUUUGUCAAAUGCGCGGACAUGAAAGACCGGAGGAUGCACCAUGGGGCCACGGUGAUGGGAAACAAGCUCUACGUGACGGGCGGGCGGCGGCUGACCACGGACUGCAGCAUCGAGGACUCGGCCUCCUUCGACUGCUAUGACCCCGAGACAGACACCUGGGCGUCCCAGGGGCAGCUGCCUCACAAGCUCUUUGACCACGCCUGCCUCACCCUGCAGUGCAUCCCCCACCACUCCACCGUCCCCUGAGGUCCUCAAGAAACUGAGAAGUCAUCUGCCCUGGUCAACAUGCUCUGGUUGCAAGAGACAGAGUCCACCUCCAAAAAGCUUAACCCGAGCAGGGUGCCGGGGGAGCUAACAGGAUGGAAAGUUCCAGAGCCCGGAGGCCUGGGACCAAGCACGCUGCUGACAGAGCUCUGUUUCUCUGUCUCUUGCUCGAUCUCUGUCUCUCUGUCUUUCCUCUCUUUCUCUGUCUCUCUGCCUCCCUCCUUCUCUACCUCAUCUGUAAGGCUUCUUUAUCCACACCGUGUGGGAACAAUGGCAACUGAUCAAUCCAGACCCACACUGUCUAGCUUCAGAAAAGAACUUUACCAUUAUCCAUAUAAUAACUGCUCCCCCAGAACGAUGCGGGUUGGCCCUUUUUGAAUUCCAAGCCUCCCUCUUGAGCCAAUCACCACUUCCAGUGACUGUGCUACUAUAGUUGGCUUGUCCUGGAUUGUGUCUCUACAGGCUAAGGUGGGGCUAACAAUCGCUGCUGACAAUCUAUCUAAACUGAACAUAAUGGAUAGAAGUAGUUUCCCAGUGCAAGAAAUAAAUGCUAAGCUCACAAAACCACAUCUUUCCAGAACAUCCUGGAAAUUCAGAAUGGGAGGGCAAAGACACCCAGCAGGGUCCCUGGAAGCCCUUCUUCCAGGGGGCAUCAGGAACAACGGGUCUUGACUGUGUUUCUCUGUGGGCUUCCCAGGUGGUUCAGAGGUAAAGCAUCUACCUGCCAACGCAGGACAUGUGGGUUCGAUCCCUGGGUGGGGAAGACCCCCUGGAGGAGGAGAUGGCAACCCCCUCCAGUAUUCUUGCCUGGAGAAUCCCAUGGACAGAGGAGCCUGGCGUGCUAUAGUCCAUGGGGUCACAAAGAGUCAGACACAACUGAAGUGACUAAGCACAUCCACACACUAUUUCUCUGCAUUCUAGGAUGUAGGGCAUUGGAAUGCCAGAAGAGUAUGUGAAAUUCAGUAUCUAGUAUUUGCAAAAUUA